UGGACUUUCUCGAAUCAAACCUUCCGUACCCGCCCUUCCCUGCUGCUUGAUCAUCCUUUGCGUCGCCCUCCCCACCCUUCUUCCCCUCGGACCGUUCUGUUGGCAGAGAAGAGUGCAUCUGCAGGAUGACUGACCAGGAAAAUCCGGUUCACGUUCUCAUUAUAGGAUCAGGCAUCGUCGGCCUCCUCAUUGCCCAGGGCUUGAAAAAGAUUGGCAUCUCCUAUGCCAUCUACGAGUCUGAAGUCUCUGCCACAGCCUACCGACCGCGGGAAUGGGGCAUGUCAGUACAAUGGGGCCUGCCGAUGCUCGCCGAUUGUCUACCCCAAGACCUAUUCGAUCGAGUCUACACCGCUGCUGUCGACCCGACCUUUGUUCCACCUGAUCCUGGUCAUCUCCCAGCCAUCAACGGCCAGACUGGUGAGGUGAUGAAAAAUAUCCCUUUGCUGCGCAUGUAUCGCGUUUCCCGUCGGCGGUUCAGGAAAUUGUGCUCGGAGGGCAUAGAUGUCCAGUACAAUAAAAAGCUUGUCGAUAUCACCUAUGAUGAUGGUAGCUCGACUGUGACAGCUAUUUUUGGGGAUGGGACCGAAGCCACCGGGACCGUACUGAUUGGAGCUGAUGGGGCACAAUCCCCGGUCAGAAAUAUCAUAUUUGGAGAAGAGGGCCAGCCAUGCAGCGUCCCUUAUUCCGCUGUUAAUCUGCAUGUCUGUUACAAUGAUGCCGAGAAAGCCAAGUUCGUUCGCCAGGCUCAUCCCAUCAUGGCCAUGGGCAUGCACCCCAAUGGCUAUUGGCAGUGGAUUUCGAUCCAAGAUGUGCCCGACCCUGAUGAUCCGGCAACCUGGGUCUUCCAACUGCAAACCACAUGGCACAAGAAAGAAGGGGAAGAGGUAACUUCGCUGGCCAACUUGAAGGCCAAGGCUGAAACCAUGGGCGAGCCCUUCCGCUCCGCCAACCUGUGGAUUCCUGAAGGAACAAAGGUCCACAGCAAUAAUCUGUCAUAUUGGAUUCCUCGGCCCUGGGAUACCCGUAGAGGCCGGAUCCUCCUUGCCGGCGAUGCUGGUCAUCCCAUGACUUUCCAGCGAGGUCAAGGUUUGAAUCACGGCAUAGCAGAUGCCAGAAGCCUGGUCCUCAAGUACAAGGAUGCCCUGGCCGGACUGACGACCUUCGAAGAAGCUGCGGCGGCAUACCAAGCCGAGUUGGUAGAUCGCGCAGGCGAGGAAGUUCGCUUGUCCAAGGAGAACACGGAAAUGCUCCAUGAUUGGGAGCGGAUGGCGAAAUCGCCCAUCAUGCAGCGUGGGGGUCAUCCAAGAGGAGAAGAUCCUGAUGCAAAAGCUAGUACGGAGUGAUGCCUCCUUAGUCAUGGUAUGCUGCCAGACUAACGAGUAACAUUGAGGAUUUAAAAAACCUUCCCAUGGCCAAUUUUGGCUCGCUCUCGUCGAAGAUUGACCGUUGUGUUCUGUAAAACGACACAAGGCCCUCGACGGAACAAGCAUAGAUGUACAUAAAGUUGAGCUGCAUACUCC